UUAGUAUCAUUAGUAAUUUAGGUGCUUGCAGUUUCUGAUUAUGUGUGCGAGUAAUAAAAGUGAAUAAAGAUAACUUGUAUACAAAAUUAAUUUGUUGUGACAUCCACGUUACAUUGCAUUGCACGCAUGUUUAAAUGGUAUGGGAAGUGCCUGUCGAACGAAAUUGCACUAUUGUGGACAAGUGUUAGAUGUGACGAAAAUUAGUUGGUCAGGAAAGAUCGGGAGGAGCACGUAAUAUUAGGUGAUACGUAUUAAAAAACAGUGCAAAGCGUUCGUGUUGAAUUUGUGAUAGCAGGCGUUUCAAGGAACAGUGUAUAUUCCGAUUAAAUCUUGUAAGCUCGAGCUGAAAGGAUGGAUGAUUACGAUUUGGUACCCACUGUAUUUCAUCCGAGAAAACCAAUCAACAGAAAAACAAAAGUGAACAUAGUUUUCGAUCCUAAGGCAAGAAGGGAAUUUCUGACUGGGUUCCAUAAAAGAAAGCUGCAGCGCCAGAAACAGGCUCAAGAGGAGCUGCAGCAGAUGUUGAAGGAAGAAAGGAAAACCUUGAAACAAGAGGCUAAAGAAUCCUACAAAAAGCUUGUUGCUUCACAUCGGACAAUACCAGAAUUGGAAAACCUUCUGGAAAAAAAUUAUGAAGUGGAAAAUCAUUGUGUCAAUGUAGUUGAACUAUCAGCUUCGGAUCUGGCAAAGAAGAACAAUUGGAUUGGUGUUAACAAGGUUGAGUAUGACAAUGAAGAAGAUGAGGAAGAGGAUGAGGAUGGUGUGAAUAAUAAAACAGUUGAUGAUAUUCCUGGGAUGCAGAUGAAGACCAAGAAAGAGAUUAAAAAGGCUAUCAAGAAACAAGCUACAAAACAAGUGAAAAAAAGUAAAGCUUUUCAGGUAAAAAGUAAGAUCGAGCGAUUUAAAAACAAGAGAAAAUCACUUCAAGAAAAGAAACGUAGGCUAAAAUUGCAGAACCGUAGUAAAAAAAAUAAGCAUAAGCAACAGCAUAAACAAAGAUGAUUGUUUGUAUGCAAUAUGUUAUUUAUAUUGAUGUCAAUACACUUUGUGUUAAUAAAUGAUUUACAUGAGAUAAA